CCCGCCAUCGAAGUUAUUGAAAUUCGAAGGCUGGCUGACGAGCAGCGCAUAGAGCGGAAGCAAUCUUUGAUCCUGACGAAGCGGUGCAAGCUCCUGGAGGCGCAGGUCAAGAUGCAGGCAACACCACGUGCCAGCUUUGUGCAGCUGCCGGCGGAAAUGCUGGACCUCAUCCUACAAUACCUCAGGUCCACACAGUUCCUGGGGAUCCGCGGAGUGUCACGUCGCUGGCGCCAGGCAGUGGACGACAGUCUGGAGCGCCGCCAUCACCUUCACCUUACCGGAGACGACGUGCGGCACGCCAACGAUGAGCGGCUGGAGCGACUGUUACGCCGCAUGCCGUCCCUGCGGCGGCUCACAACCGACCAUGACUGCUGCUCACCGCGGCCGCCGUUAUCCGUUGACGUCGUCUCCCGGCUCUUAGGACACAUGGUAGAAGUGGAUUUGCUCCACUUCGACGCGGCCCCACAGCCUCUGGAGGGGCUGUGGACCAGGUGUCCCCGGCUGGGGGCUGUCACGCUGCCUCGCAGGUGUGCCGAGCAGUGCGCGGCGGUGCUGCUUCGCCGCCUGCCGUCCCUGCGGCGGCUGGACGUGGCGUGGAGUGACGUGCUGGGAGAGUGUUUAUCGCUGCUCCCCGAGUCAUUGGAGGCUCUCUCGGUGGCCUGGUGUCGACAUGUACAGCCGGCCUGGCUGCGUCAGCUGACCCGCUGUCCUCGGCUGCGGCGGCUGGACGUGUCAGGUGUGAAGGGGCUGCAGGCGGCAGACCUGGCGGCGGUGCUGGCCGGUUGUCCACAGCUGGAGCGGCUGACGACGUGGGAACUGGAGCCGGCGCUGGAGCUCUGCCUGCCGCCGACCGGCCUCCCCUCCCUCCGAUACCUGGACGUAACGUGGUCCGGUGGAGUCACCGACGCCACGCUGCAGCGGCUGCCCGACCUGCUGCCAGGCCUGCACACACUCCACACAGGCGUGUGUGGCGGGGUGACGGCUGUGGGGUUGGACAGCCUGCCGCGGCUCAGACAGCUGUGUGAGCUGGACCUGUCCCGGCUCACUGUGACGGACUUCACACUGGACCGGCUACACGGGCCCGGUCUGAGGAUGCUGAACCUGUCCGGGUGCCGGCCUUGUUCAACAGAUGGUGUCACACGGCUGGUGCUCGGCUGUCCGUCACUGACGGUACUGGGGUGGUGGGUGAGGCCUAACAUACGCCGGACCAGGCCCCUGGUAGACAGCCUGGUGCGCCACCUGCCCCCGAACCGUGACGUCAUACUGGAGGUCAACGGCGGGGAUCUGCAGGAUCUGCAGGAUCUGCAGGAUCUGCUGCGGCCCGGCCCGCUCAGCCUGAGGGAAUAUAAGUCAUGGGGGCUUUUCUCUGGUCUUGUUCCAGGUGGGCUUCAUGAACAAGGAAGUUGGCGGCGGCGGCGACUGCAGCGGUGCAUGUUGAAGUAUCGCUGCCGGGCCGCUGCAGUGGGGCAGCAAGAGGCAUCGAGUGCGGCGAGCAGCUGACCAAGCCGUGACGGCGGCCCGGCUGCCCGCCGCUGUCGCCUGCCGGCCGUCGGCCUGAUCCGGCUGACAGCAGUGAGGCAGUCGGGUGUGGCGAGAACUCCCGCGCAUCAAGUGUCACUGGUGCCGGUCGGGCUAGGACGGACUGAUUCGGAGCGCGGUGUCGCUGGUGGAGGCGGCCUCGCUCUCGGCCAAGCCGUGCGCCUCGUGCCGUAUGCUGACCGACUUUGUGCAGUUGAAGGCCGGCGACGUCGCGACACGGCACGGCGCCAGCAGUGAGGUGGGUCAGGCUACAGCGUGUCGAGUGUGCAGUAGCCGGUUGGUAGACGCGGUGCGGGCGCGGGAUGACCUGCAUGAGCUGCGCCAGUGCCUUACGGGCCCGGGCGCCACCGGUCGGUCGGCAUCGUCGACCGGCGCCAGGCCGUCAGCCGCAGCAAGCCCGGCGGCGACCGCGUCGGCGCCGGACGGAUCCUCAGCUUCGACGGCCGGCUGGUGGCACAGUCGCCGGCUCCACGCCGAAACGGCCGAAACGGCCGAACAGUGCAGAAGAGAGCCGCCACGGACCGCGGUGCCGCCGUCAGCCGCAGGACACAGCUCGUCCGUUGGACGGCGGCCACAGCGCGGAGGCGCGCAACGCUCGGCGUGAUGGACCACGAUCAGGAAUAGCAGGACGCGCCCCAGGACCAGACACGCUCCUCGGAAGAGGGGAAGGGGAUGGGCUCCUCCUUUAUAAUGAGCAGCCUGCGAACCUCCUGUCGUCGGCAUGGGCUGGCGUUCGCUACCGGUAGUCAGGUGCUGCGGCAUCUCGGCCAGCCCCAGCUGCUGCAGCUGGGGCGUGGGCCCGUCCGGCGCCGGGACCGGCAUGAGCGCGUUCAGCGUAGCAGGGGUGGAUCAGGCGAGGGCGGCUCCUGGUGCGCAGCCGGCGUCCGCGCAGCCGACACCGGAGGCGCAACAGCAGCCGCCGGCAACGGAGCCGCGCCACCACUGGCACCACAGUCAGGCCUCCGAACUGGUGUGUGUCCGUGUCUCAGGGCGGAAGCACGGCACUCCACGGAACCCAGCGGAAAUGAGGCGCGCCUUCACUAGCGGCGAUACCGUUGCGAUGCAAGUUGUAAUACCAUUGCAAUACGCAAUCCUCCGGGCCGGAUCGGAAGCUGCCGAUCACUGCUUCGGACCUGCACCCACUGCCACCGGCCACUGCGUCGGGCGUCCCGGGGAGCUGGAGUCGCUGAGAGAUGGGUGUGGCCACUGGGUUCGCCGCUAGUGAAGGUGAAACCCCGUGUGGAUGGGGACGGACCGUUGUUGGCCACAACGAGGACCGACUAGCCGUCUGUAGUAGUUGUGCCCGAGUGGAGUCACAUCACAGCGCUGAUGGUGGACGAGGGGCAUCGUCGAUGUUUCCACCAGGGCGUCCGCGUCACCCUUGCUCUUUUCUCUGCCGUGUAUUUCAUUCACAGGAGGACCAUGCACAGGGUCUUCGGCACAUGCGGUAGGUGUCGGAGCCACAACGGACUGCCUCAUCGGUAUGUGGGGAGCCUUUUGCCACCAUUCCAGGUUUAUGUCCGUGUCUAUAUAUUUCGUAACUUUCCACAAGAUCCAGUGGCUUUUUAGAAGUUACACGUCACCAUUGAUGAAAACGGGCAUAAAAGAGACAAUGUGAAACCUAGUAAAAAAUAACAUAGCACGUCACACACCGGUCAAGGGACCAUCUCGGUGAAUCACACUAUUGCGUUCACAUUGUGGCAUCACAUCACACACAAUCGAACUCACCCACGCACCCACUCAUGUGCCAACAUUCGCCUCACUCAGUAGAAACUCCAUAGGUUGGCGCUUGAAGCGGCCUCUGAACAUUGCGUAAGUCGGGCGGCAAGCAGUUAAACAAAUCCGAUGCUCUGUAGCUAAAUCGGCGAGUGCCAGAGUUGCUCACCGCUCGGGGGCGCCUCAGCUGGUUAGCCUGUCGCGUUUCAUGAGUGUGCUCAGUACGUGUGAACAUCGCGGCUAUAUCUGGUGGCUGACUCGUGAGUAAGACGCUUUUAGGCAGGCACAACAUAUAAUAUCUGACGAGCUGAUCAGCACUAAGCCAUCGUAGAUCCCUGACAACAUUCGAUAUUCGGUCACACCUUCUCCUUCCACUCACAACCCGCGCACAGAGAUUCACGACUUUUUGCACGCGAUGUAGCUAGGUGGCUCCGUGAGUACCAUACAGUGCUAUACAGUAGCUAAUGGAGGAAAGAACUAGAGUUCGGACCAUGCGAACGAGGGUGUCUCUUGGUAGUACAUGCUUGGCAUGG